UUGAGUUUCUCUUUGCUCCACGUGCAUUUCUUUCAUUGAUGAACGCUAAUUUUUAGAAUUUUAAUUUAAUUUAGAAUUUAUUUAAAGCAAUUUUUUAAAAUACAUUUGAACCGAAAUGGGUCGCAAAGCUGAAUACAGUGAGAAGGUUAAAAAGGGGCCCGGACGUAAGGCGCGCAAACAAGGAGCGCCAACUUUUCCCAAAAAGUCAUUUGCUCCAAUGGAGGAAGAGCAAAAAACGUUGUCCCAUCGUCAGAAACAGCGAUUGGCCAAGAGAGAAAAAACCAAAAAACUGAUAAAGGAAAAACAGAAGCUGUCAAAGGAAAAGAAACUCCAAAGCCGUAAGCAAAAGGAAUACAACAGCGACAGUGAAGAAGAGGAGCAGGAGCAGCAAAUAUUGAAUGGUAAUGACAAUGCGGAAGAGACCGAUGAAUCUGAAGAAGAGCAAACAGUCCAUCCCAAGGGCUCGAAGAAAAAUGGCAAAGGUGCUAAAGGUUUUACGGAUGAAAAUCAGGAAUGGUUAAAACCCAAGCAAGCAAAGGGGAAUAAAAAACAAAAAAUUGUUGAAGAAGAGGAAGAUGAGGACGAUGAUGAUCCUGAGGACAGUGAUGAUGAUGAAGAAGAAAGUGGGGAUAAUGAUGAUGAAGUUGAAGAAAGUGAGGAUGAUGAUGAAAAAGUAGAAGAAAGUGAUGAUGAAGGCAUAGAAGGAGAUGAAUCUGAGGACGAGCAACACGUUAAAUUAGGAAAAUUGGAUGAUUUAUCUGACGAUGAUGAAGAAGAAAAUUCGGAUGAUGACUUUGAUGUUUCCGACAAUGAAAAUAAUGAAGAGGAGGACGACAGUGACGACAACGAAAUGGAUGAUGAUGAUGAAGAUUUGCUACCAAUCGAAAAAGCCAAUAAAAAAUUAAAGAAACGUGAAGCUAAGGAAGCCAAGUUGGCUGCCGAAGAAAUGCAAAUGUCCGUUGACCAACAGGAAAUUUUUCAAUUCCCAGAAGAAGAUGAAGAAAAGGAGAUAACAUUGCAGGAAGUGCAACAACGUAUUAAGGACGUGACUCUAGUUUUAUCGGACUUUAAUAAAUACCGCCAUCCAGAUAGACCUAGAAGCGAUUACAUGGACUUGCUGCGCAAAGAUUUAUGCAUGUACUAUAGCUACAAUGACUUCUUAAUGGGAAAAUUAAUGGACAUGUUUCCUUUGUCUGAGCUUAUGGAAUAUCUUGAGGCCUCCGAAGUUGCUCGACCCCUUACUAUUAGGACAAACACCCUAAAAACGAGGAGAAGGGAUUUGGCAGCUGCCCUUAUUAAUCGAGGUGUCAACUUGGAUCCCCUAGGGAAGUGGACAAAAGUAGGUUUGGUCAUUUAUAGCUCACAGGUUCCAUUGGGCGCUACACCCGAAUAUCUGGCUGGUCAUUAUAUGAUUCAAGGAGCCUCGUCCAUGCUGCCAGUAAUGGCAUUGGCCCCACAAGAAAAUGAAAGAAUUCUUGACAUGUGUUCAGCGCCCGGCGGUAAGGGCUCCCAUAUAGCAGCGGUUAUGAAAAAUACGGGUGUAUUAUUUGCCAACGACGCCAACAAAGAUCGCAUUAAAGCCGUUGUGGCAAAUUUCCAUCGACUGGGCGUUGUAAAUUCCAUAGUCUCUUGCGAAGACGGUGCCAAAUUUAGACAAAUAAUGACAGGGUUCGAUAGAAUACUUUUGGAUGCUCCCUGUACUGGUACAGGUGUUGUGUCAAAAGAUCCGAGUGUCAAAACUACCAAGUGUGCCGUAGAUGUACAGAGAUGCUAUAAUUUGCAGCGAAAACUUUUGCUCACCGCCAUUGAUUGCACAGACGCAAAAUCAUCAUCGGGCGGUUAUAUAGUUUAUUCAACAUGUUCCGUGUUGCCCGAGGAGAAUGAGUGGGUAAUUGAUUACGUGCUAAAGAAACGUAAUGUGAAAUUGGUACCCACUGGCCUCGAUUUUGGCGUCGAAGGCUUCACCAAAUAUCGCCAAUAUCGUUUCCAUCCAUCUUUAAAUUUGACUAGGCGUUACUAUCCACAUACUCACAAUAUGGAUGGUUUCUUUGUUGCCAAGCUUAAGAAGUUCUCCAACACAAUACCAGUAAGCAAGGAGCAACAAGAAGAAGAUGAGAAACAACUAGACGAUGGCAUUGCUACGGCAAACGAGGAUAAUGUCACACUUCUAAAUGCUGACGAUCAGGAAAAUGAGGAUGGCAAGAACAAAAAAUCCGGCAAACGGGCGGGCAAACCUGUACUAAGUGACUACGAUUUAGCCGCAAAGAAACAGAAAUUGGAGCAAAGCAAAACUAAAUACAUAGCCAAGGUAUUUGAACCGCCUGUUAAAGUGCCGAAAAAGAAGAACGAAUCGCCAGUACAGGAGCAACAAAAGAAAGACGGUAAAGGCAAAGACAACAGUACAGAGGCAAUUUCAACGGAAAAAGGGAAAUUAAAAUCAGUAGAAAAGGUUCUUGUUGGCGAUAAACAAAAGCCGUCAGAAAAACAAUUAAAGAAUAAAAAUCAGACGGAGAAUAAGCAGCAACACCAGGAAAAACAAAAGCUGCCAAAUGAGAAGAAAGUAUUGGCAGAGAAGAAUAAACAACAAAAGUCUGGAAAAAAACAACCUGUCGAAACACCUAAGGAAAAAAAUCAACAAAGCGGCAAACCAUCAGAACAGAAACCACAGAAUAAAAAGAAAUUAAAAAAAGACCAAACAACAAAUGGUCACUUUUUAGCUUCACAAAAUAAAAAUUCGACCUCAAAAGAUAUCGACCACGACUCUUCCUCUUUGCUGGAAGGCAAACCUAUUAAACAAAAUAAACUUAAACAAAAGUCUAAGCAAAUGGGCAAACUAAAGAAGAAUUAAAAUAAUUCUUAUAUUCAACAACAAGUUAAAUUUUAUUAUUUUGUUAUAGAUAACAAAUAGAUUUUAUUUUUUUUUUAUCAGCUUUAAGUAAAUAUCGAGAAAUAAAAUGUACAUACCUUCUAAUAAGAAAACGGUAUGCGAAAUGUACCUA